CUUACCGAAUCACCUAUCACGAACCUCAAAACCAGUGUCACCAAGAUAUCCGAUUGCUUUCGUCGAGAACAUCCAUAGGAACCUGUCCUCCUCGACCAGCGAAUGCCAUUCAACUGGUGCGUGUUUUCAGAGGGAAGACCUGCUUAUAAUGCAGUGUGAUGGCGUAAGAUAGGCGUGAGACAACCAGCAGCAGUUCACCACCUAAGGAAGGCAAAGACAGAGGGACCAAGAGAACAAGCAAACAAGCGAGUUGAGGGAACAAACAACCGGUCGAGGGAGCCAUCAGAGAGAAAAAGCCUCGUGGAAGAAAAAGGGGGAAGUGAGAGCUGAACGUGAACCUGAAUUGUCUUCUCCUCCCGAACUUGCCUUGUCUUGUUUCACCCGCUCCAUUUCCAUCUCCCCUCACCCCCCCACAACCCGCUCCUCUUCUCUUAUCUAGAAUCGACUGACACCUCGCCUCGAGAGGAACUCAGGCAUAUCUACUUGGCUGAAGAGAGGAGACGAGGAGAAAAGAGACCUCGACCGACUAGACGGAAUGGCGCAGUCGCUGGAGGCUAAGAUCGUCGUCCUCGGCGCUCAAGGCGUCGGGAAGACUAGUUUGUUGGUGCGGUAUAUCAAGAACCAGUUCUCGCCCGCCACGACCACAUCGACCGUGGGAGCAAGCUUCCUGACCAAGAGGGUGGUGGAUGACGAGAGUGACACGGUUGUCCGACUGCAGAUAUGGGAUACCGCGGGACAGGAACGCUUCCGGUAUGUAUUACCCUCACUCGACCUGAAUUUCCUUUGCGAUCAUUCCCAGCCAACAAAUCUACUAUUGCAGCUCAAUAUCACGGCUUUAUUACCGCGGAGCCAAUGCCUGCAUUCUUUGCUACAGCAUCACCGACAAACCUUCGUUCGAUGAGAUGGGUGUUUGGCUCACGGAGCUACGCCGCAACCUCCCUCCAGAUAUCAUCCUCCACGUUGUAGGCACGAAGGCCGAUCUUGUCGCUCAAGACCCUUCUUCUCGCGCAGUUCCCUUCGAACGGUGCAUCGCAUACGUUGCCGAGCAUCUCGCCUCCGGCAAGUCGUCGACGCCCCCGGCUACUGCAACACCAGGUGGUAUGGGCACAGGUGCGGGAAUAUUAGAUGGGGAAUAUGGUGGCAGAGCAGGAGGGUAUAGACCAUUUUUCAAUGCUGUGGCGGCUCGAGAUCCGUUAGAUGGGGCUAGGAGUCCUAGUUCUAAGCGAAGUAGUGGUUUUUGGGGACAAGAGGUGGGAUGGGACUGCUGUCAUGAAGUAAGUGCUGAGAGCGGCGAGGGUGUGGAUGAGGUUUUCCGGGUUAUUACGAGGAAAUUGGUCGAACAGAACCGGAUUAUGAGCCAGCAGCUGCUCAGUGCUACACAGACACCAGGCGGCGGCACCCCAAUGGAAGGUGGACCCGGAGAAGGCAGUGGAGGCUAUUUUGACAGACCCGGUGGAAGCUUUAGGGUAGGAAAAGAUAGAAGAAGUUGGUUCGGAGUGCCUGUGGAAGCAUACAUCGACGCAGGACCUCAGAAUGGACAACCUGAGGUGAAAACGCAGAAGAAAUGUUGCUGAUGUUGGAUUUGUUGAUAUGGAUACCCCUAUCUGGAGCUUGAAAGUUUGAAAGCUUGGGUCCUAUUUCUUGGGCUGUAUAACGACUGGAAAUGGAGUUUGGAGUUCGGAGGGUGUUACAAUAUGAUACGAGAUCGGAGUUGUGCU